AUGGCUCCUCGGUCCAGCGACACAAUCGUUCCCUCUACGCCGCCUCGCCGCUCACCGCCUGUCUCACCAUCCGACAAAGCCCUCGCAUCGCCUCCGCCGAUGCCAGCCAGCAUGACACCUCCUCCAUCGUCGCAGCCGGUGCGCGCUCAGUCUCCGUUGCGUAGGGACAGUGACACGAAGAACCCGUUACUGGCGUCACCACCUGCAAGCAUCAGAUACAAUAAUUCUGCUUCCCUUCCAGCGUCCGGUGCGAUCGCUUCGGCCAAUCUAAACCAGCUCAAAGACAUGGCGCAAGACUUGCUCGAUGCAGUCAAAGAGGCCCGAACCACAGCUGCGCAUUUCAAACUGCAGUACAGUCUACUCGAUAUGGAAACUCGAGAAGCGGCGCAGCGUGCAGAGAUCGAACACCAAAUGACGAGAAAGGAAAUGGAGGUGCUUCAUGCUGUGGAGCAAAGGCAUCGUGCUGCUCUGACAUUGGCAGCAAGGAACUCGGCGCCUCCGCCGAAUGCUCAGAUUGAAUCAUUGACUCAGACUUGCAAGUCGCUGGAAGAGGAACGCGAUGAGGCCGAGAAGAGAUUGGAACGUGCCAAACGUGUCAUUGAGCUGGAAAAGGAUAAAUCAGAGCUCCUGGCAGAGGAGAAUGAACUACUCAAACGGCGAAUUCGCGAGAAUAGGGAGCACUUUACGCGCUUUAAGAGCCAGUCACCGAAUUGGAGCACACCUCGCGACCUGUUUGCGACGCCUCAUCGCCGAACUCAACAAAGGUUUCCCGAGAGUGCUUCCAGCCAUCAGCCAUUCGCAGCUCUACUCGCAGCUGACCAAGUCUUGAAUGGCGAGAUUCUCAGUGCACCAUCGACACCGACAAAGUCAACAGUAUCGAAGGUGAAGCACGGCCACACACGCGGAGCUCAUUCACUAUCAUCUCUGCACACGACUCCGGCUCGCACUCGACCUAUGACCUCUGACGGGUUUGGUGAAACCAGAUAUCCCAUGUCUGCACCAGCACCUCCAUUUGGAGAGUCGGCAGAGCGAGACCGGCACGAGCGUGAUAGUACCAUAUCGGUCUCAGACGACGAUGGCUCUGUCAGCGACGAUGAAAUUCAACAGUCGCAAGCGAGUUCUCUGGCUACUGACAUGCUGCGGAAAAAUCCUGGGAGCCAGGAAUCGCUAAGACUGUCGCAAGGGGCAGAAAGAUCUAGCAAUUUGUUGCAGUCUAAACUUUUCGGGAAUGUUAGAAAGCCAACAGGAGAUGGCAUAACAGGAAAGCGACGCGGAAGUUUCGAUGAAGACGCGAUUCGAGCUAAGAAGGCACGAUUGGCUGGCGGUGUUGGACUUGGCAUCAAGGAAUGGAACAAUGCAUGA